CGCAAGAGCUGCUGUACUCUUUACCUGCCGUUCCGUCCGUUCGCGCGAGCCAUUGGUUCGAAAGUUUGUUGUUUCUGUGUAUUUUUUUUUUUGUUGUUCCUUCAUGGUCCUCGCUUUGGUCCGUGCGCUCUCUAUGCUCACAUCGUCAAGAUGCUACGCGGAAUCGCGGGUCACUAUCCGAAUCGUGGUGUCCGUUGUUGUUGUUGUUGUUGUGCCUGCUGCUGCUGAUGCUGUGACUUCGGAUGCGGUGUUAUCUUCGCCUAGACCUUCGUAACGGCGGGAGUGCGCGAAAUCUGGUACCAAUCCGUCAUGCCCAGCUAACCAAAAACCUGUUGUCUGUGAAAUAUUGGCCACACACUCGAGGUGAAGAACUCAUUGCUGCAGCGAAAAAAGUGAAAAACAUAUAUUUUCCGUGAGGAAGGAAUUUAACGGCGAUAAGUGAAUAAUCAAGUGCUGAUGAAGUGGAAGUUUUGUGAUAAUUAACCAGAAAUACGAUACCACGGGUACGAAGGGCACAGAGAAUCGUGCCGAAUAAAGCAACUUAAGGGUGAACAGAGGAAGCAGAAAAAAUAACAAAAGUGGUUCGAAAAAUUCCAAACCUCUCCGGGCUAAUUAACGAUCUCAAACAAAACACGUAGCGAACUUCUCGAGACCCGAGAAGUGGACCUGCCCGUAUACAGCUUGCCCUGCCCAAGUGUUACUUCUAUUUGUCUCUGAUCAACUUUUAAUUAAUUAAUUACGGUUCGCGCAGCCGUCGCAGCCGAGGUCCGAAGUGUCGCGCGGAUCUAUCCCUGAGUUAAUUACUCCCGUGACAGUGUUCCCCCUCGAGGGUUUGGAGUGUUUGUGUGCGUAUGUACGAGCUGUUCCGCUGGAAGAUAAUUGAACUCACGUUAGGGGUUGUCAGCUCACCCGCACUCCCUAUGACAAGUGUGUCUUUUGCUGUGCUACCGGCUUGGUGUAACUCCGUGUGAGCUUGGCAAACUUGAAAUUGAAAUCAGCAAAUCCGCCAAAAUCCAUCCAUCCAACAACGACGUUAGCGCUGCAGGUUCCGGCACCACGGCAACCACGGCACCCCACCCCGCUCCAUAUAUGAUGUUGAUUGGAUCCGCGAUCGGGAGUGAGUUCGCACAGCUGCCGACGAGUGGAGCCGCCCCGUGGAGUAUGGAACCGCCGAGGGUACCCGGAGGGUUACCCGGCCAGCAGCCGCCGCCACCGACAAUGCAGCUCUCACCGACUGUGGGCCUCUCGCCGAACCUCCCCUCGCCCGGUUCCGUCCAAUCGCCGACGAAUCUGUUCGGGGCGGCUGCGGCAGCAGCGGCCGCCGCCGGCAAUCCCGCCAAUGCCCAUGCCCUCGCCGGCCUGGUGUCCCAGCAUCGGUUGCUGGAGCUGUCCCGCUUCGGAUUGCGUGGUUAUGAUCUGGCCCAGCACAUGCUCACCCAACAGGGUGCCGUGUCGAAGCUGUUAGGUACCCUGCGACCACCCGGUCUGAUCGGUGGGUCUAAACCCAAAGUGGCGACACCGGCCGUCGUCUCCAAAAUCGAGCAGUACAAACGGGAGAACCCGACCAUCUUUGCCUGGGAAAUCCGGGAGCGUCUCAUCUCGGAGGGCGUCUGUACCAACGCGACCGCACCGUCGGUAUCCUCGAUCAACCGGAUUCUGCGUAACCGCGCGGCAGAACGGGCGGCGGCGGAAUUCGCUCGAGCCGCCGGUUACGGACUCUACCCACCGCCACCUUACGGAGGUUUCCCGUGGCCGACGCCAGCCCAUCUGUGGCCGGGACAAUCGAUGCAGGGCAUGACACCACCGGGCAGUAGCAGCAAUUCGACUCCGGCAACGAUCGGAUCGCCCGGAUCCGGUUCGCACGACACGCUCGGAAGUCCGGAUGGGAACCGACUGAUUGGUGAGUUUGAUAUUGAGGGUGAAGACUCGAACAGCCUGGACGGAGAUCAACCAAAGUUUAGACGGAAUAGGACCACCUUCACCCCCGAGCAGCUCGAGGAGCUGGAGAAGGAGUUCGACAAGUCCCACUAUCCGUGUGUCAGCACGAGGGAGCGUCUGGCGUCGAGGACCUCGCUGAGUGAAGCCCGCGUUCAGGUUUGGUUUUCCAACAGACGGGCGAAAUGGCGACGUCAUCAAAGAAUGAAUCUUUUAAAAAGGUCCGGUUCCCCGAGUUCCCGAGCGGCAGCAGCAGCGGCGGCGGCGGCGGCAAGUUCCGCUUUCACCCCUGGCUCCCCACCACCGCCGGGAUCCACGGGAUCCACCUCGGCCACAGCGGUGCACCACCUGUCGGGCCUCACGGGAGCCCACCACCAAAACCAGUCAACCUCGCCGGCGGGUCUGGGAGCGGGAGCAUCCCCCCAGGCCCAAGCGGCGGCAGCGGCAGUAGCGGCAGCUCAAGCGGCAUCAUUAGUCACAGCAUCAACUCCAUUAUUAAUGGGCGGUGAGCAUAGUGCGUUCCGGUCCCUCGUACCCACAUCCGCGGCGGCACUCUUCGCCGGCCUAUCCCGCUCGUAUGCCGCCACCGCGGCUAGCUGUUCCUCGAACCCCUCGGCUAGUCCUGUGCCCAGCGAUUCGGACGAGGAAAUUAACGUACACGACGACGACGACGACACGGACAUCGAGGUGUCGAGCAGGAAUGGCGAAAGCUCCACCACGACCACACCCCUGCAGCUCACCAAACACGAACGGCAUUAAGGACCGGUAGUACUCAGCACUAAAACAAUUAUGUAAAUACUACGAUAUAUUCCACCCACAUCCCUAGAGCGCGCGUGCAACACUAACUAACGGUGCAAUUUAGAUAUCUUUCACUCAACCUUCCGUUUCCCCCUCGUUAUUCCGACCCUAGCCGCUCUGGUCGAAAGAUGGCCGCUGGUCGA